AUGACCUUUAUGCUCAACUACACUAAUCCCGUGCUCGACCUGGUGUCGGACGCCUUUGCCAUCUCAGAAGCCCAUGCCGAACCACCUCUAAAUCCGGCUGCCGUAGUUGAAUUGCCUGCUGGUUUCUUGCACGAUGAUGACUUUAUGGCUGAUUUGUUCUCCGGGAUAUUCGCAGAUUUUGAUGUGAGCCAAAAUUUGGACAUUGCUCAGGAGACACUUCCAGAGUUUUCAGUGUCUCCCGUCUUAGUCGGGCAUCGCGCCGCAGAACUCAUCGCCCUCCUCAGAGCUCAACAUGAGUCAAUGCAAACCAAGUCUGAAUCCCCAUUUGCCACAAGCAAAGCAAUAAUGGAUCUGGCAAAUGUUGUCUUCACAAGCCACAAUCUAACGGGGUUCAUCGCGGCCUUCUUCCAAUUCUUCCAUCCGCACACACCCUUUAUCCAUCGGGCGACAUUCAACGUGAAUGAAGUGUCUGCCUCUUUAUUGCUCGGGGUUGUUCUCGUUGGGUCCAUCUUCUGCGCGCCGCAAGACGCCGCUCUGUCUGCUCGAUAUUUCUUCGGCCUUGCAGAGGGGCAUGUGUGUCAGCUCCUGCGACAAGUGGCAGCGCAAGGUGAUCAUUUCAAGCACGGAGAGGCUGUCGAGGUUAUACAGUCUGUCGUCCUCGUCCAUGCUCUGCAGGUCAAUUCCAAUCAUGAUGGUAAUCGACGACGCGUCCGCGUCAACUGCUUUUCGGACAUUGUGGCGGCAAUGAGGCAUCUUGGCUUGUUCAGUUCAGGUCGCAAAGAGGGCCGUGAUGAGUGCGGCUGGGAGGAUUUCAUCAAAGAUGAGGUGCAGAUCCGAUUAGCACACAGGGUAUUCACGACCGACUGCAUGAAUACGCUCUUCUUCAAAAGCCCGCCUCAGAUCACCAUUGCUGAAAUGUGUGGGGCGCUCCCAAGCACCUAUGCCUCGUUCGAAACCUCAAAUUCCAUCGAGUUCUCGCGACUAGACGUUGCGUCGGCCGACCUGGGAGGUCGACACAAAAGUCUCAAGGAUUGGCUGAACCUACUGCUCGGCGAGGGUUGGACCGCCAUUGAUCCGUCUGACUUGAAGCUCGUCGAAAUAGAGCAUCUGAUGAGUAUUUUAUUCGCUUUGCACUCUUUGGUCUUCGUCUCGCGAACGGGGCUUCUGCUACCAUCAACCUACCAAGUUCUUCGUCGCGCAACAGAACGGUGGAAAGAGCUUUGGGAUCGUGUUCAGUCGAGAGAUGCCAAUAGGAGAUCGUAUGUCGGCUUCGCCAAAUAUGGACUUGAGCUCUGGUGGCUGGCGCGAAAGGUUGUCGAGGUGUCGCGACUUGAGGGUGAUCGAGGUGCUUACAUGACGAGUGGCCCGUCAGACUCGCUGCAGGAACUGCAUGGCUUCAUACGCCAGUAUUCAGAGAGCUAG